AUGUCCUACAAUAACACCAAUAGGGAAUACAACCCAUUCUGGUACAACCAGUAUCUUUCAGAUCUGAAUGCUAACUCGAAUAACAAUGUUGCAAACGGGCAACUACACACCACUGCGAGCAAUCUUACGACUGCCACCUUUCUAACACCCAUCGAAAAUCAAGGAGAGCGGCCCAUCGAAGAGAGCCAAAAUUUAGAAGGCCUAUCACGAGGAUGGAAACCAAACUCGAGCGUACUUUCGAGCAUACUUCCUCCUACAUCUCUACCCCAGAUGCCAUCCUCCCCGAACCUCAUCAGUCCAACUAUGCAAGGUUUUGGUACAGAAGAAUAUGGAGUGCCUCCUAACGUGAUGGGUUUAGGGAUUCACCUAAGUCUUGGCCAGGCUUCUUCUUCCUUCAUUGACUCAAAUUUCGAACGCAUUUCUGGCGAUGGUAAUUCUCUCACUCGACAGCAGGACAUGUCAAGACAUAACCUCAUCGACAACUUUGGCUUAGAUUCCACGAGGGCCCGCUUCCAUAGGCGAACUCAAUUGGCAUAUUCUCUUGAUAACCAUAAUUCAGCUGGUGACAGUGGUAUCCCUACAGAUCGGCAAUCAUCGCACGAUAUUGGCAGUUCUUCCACUCAGUUUGCUAGUGGGCCCCAGGAUGUUGAAGCUCCGCAACAAGAGUCAACGCUGCAACAUGCACAAUAUCAAUCUGAUACUUCUAAUGAGACACUAGCAGCUCAACAUAGCCAAGCAACAGUGGCGCCUACUAUGAGAUCUGCAGGUAGCCGGAGGGUGACUGAAGCAUUUCCAUACGCAGCAAGAACUGCCAUUGCCGUCACCGGCUUCUCCAUGCAGCCAGCUUUUGAUGCUAUGCGUGGACCAACUCCACCAGUUGGAUAUGGUCACUCGACAACUUUUGGUAACUGGCAAAUGGAUGGUCAAUCAAUGGACUCAGCAGUUGACAGUGAUGCUCCUGGUCCGCAGCCAUCCAAUGAUGCUCAUAAUGCUUCUUCUGAUACACCUGUUCAAGGUGCCGAAGAUGUUCAAGGAGUACAACAGCAACAAGAAUCUUCAGAACAGGCCGGGCAUCAUCAAAGUGCUUCUGCCAGCGUAUCACCAAUACAUCAACAAAGCGUUGCAUUGAAGGAAAGUACAUCAAGAGCUACAGGUGGCCGGAGCUCCAGUGAUACAUCUCCCAUCUUAGCCCGGGAGCUUACUGCUACCAAUCGGUCACUUGGUGGUAAUUAUUCGGAGUCUCAGCAGGGGAGCCAAAGCCCAGGUGCCGAACAAUCCGAUCAUGUUGGACAGCACCAACUUAGACGCUAUGAAACUGCUUCUGAACAUCAUGGCAACCGACCAGAUGUUGUAUCUCACCCAACAUUCGGAUAUCUUCAAGGCCCACGCCGAAAUACUUUUCAGCAGCCUGAUGAUCAAAUUUCACCGCUAGGUUUCGCAAGUGGUGGCACCAGACGCAGAGGGCCUGCAGAGAGACCAGCCUCCUUCCGUCCUCUUGCACCUGCUCCAUCAACAGAAACAUCACAACAGCUUACACAGCAAGGCAGGAAAUCCAAACAACAAUUUCAACAUUCACCACAUCAUAGCGCACUGUCCACAUCGUGGAAUCAACCUACUCCUCCAUGGCAAACUCCACAAGCUCAGAGUCACUCCCGGGCAAGCACCUCAAAAGAACCUUUCCAUCGCACGCUUCCUAGUAUAUUAAGCCCCGCAGUCGCUUCUCUUGCCAAUGUGGCCCCAGCAAAUCAAUUCAUGGAAUCAGUCUCCAAUAUGCAUCUUUUAGACAAAAUGGCAUGUGUUGAUGUAUUAAUGCGUUCCGAUCUCUUGAGAGAAUACUUGAAGCCACAUCUCUUCGAAGAAUACAAUUUAGGUCGUGAGAAGGGCAAAAAGUAUAGGGCGGCGACUCUUCACGGUUUGGACACGAAUGCAAAGAUUGACGAAACACAAAGAACGCAUGAAGGCCAGAAUCUGAAGCGAAAGCAAGAGUUCCAGGACAAGCAGAUUAAGAAUGAGUACCGCAGGAGAGAAAACGCUACCAGAAUGACGGCGGGUGCUUAUGAAGUUGCUGGGAUGACUUCAAGCAGUGGCAAGCGUCCGCGCCAAGCAUCUGGUUCUGAUCAUGAUUCUCAUUAUGAUGUUAGCGAUGACCAAUUCGACUCCAACGAUGAUUCUGAGGGUGAUUCAUUUGUUCCUCGCAACUCCCCAAAGAAGCCUCGAAUUGCCGGACCUACACCUUCAGAUCUCGUAAAUAAAUUCUGCAGCUUCGUGAACAUUGGAAAUCGAAACCCAUUCUUCGAUGAUCCUAUCCACUCGAAAUUACGCAAUCUCAAUACGGUUCAACUUAUAGAUCCUGCACCAGAGUAUGUGGAGCGAAAUGGUGAGAUCGCCGACACCAAGGUUGAACACUGGCGUGCCUGUGCUGGACAGGCUGCUGGUACGGUGCUGGAGCAAGGAAAGGCUUGCAAGAACUGCGUUGACCACAUGGAGGAUGGUUCUGUGCCAUUUUCGAGCUGUGUAGUUAUUGACGCUACGAAGCCAGCUGGGCAAGAGUUGGAGGGUGUUUGUAUGAACUGCGUUUAUCUUGGUAAGGAUCAAGAGUGCAGUCUUCGACGUGUUGAGAGCGAGGAAAUUGGACCUCAAUAG